AUGUCCAGAGAGAAGUUUCUGAAACAACAGCUGUAUUGUUCGCUACUCAAUAGGCCUUUCUUCAAAUACAAAAUUGAUCCUCAGAGUACCCAUCAGCUGAAAUUAUCUCUCAAUUUAAAGUUAGCAGUUCAUAAAAUCUAUCUAUCUAUCUAUCUCUGUUUCUAUCUAUAUUUUUUCUUUCUUUCUAUCUCUGUCUGUUUCUUUCUUCCUUUCUUUGUUCAUUAUCUAUCUAUCUAUCUAUCUAUCUAUCUAUCUAUCUAUGUUCAUUAUCUAUACUGUUCAUUGUCUAUCUAUCUAUCUAUCUAUCUAUCUAUCUAUCUAUCUAUCUAUAUUUCUUUCUUUCUUUCUUUCUUUCUUUCUAUCUAUCUAUCUAUCUUUUUUCUUUCUAUCUCUCCAUGUUUCUUUCUUUCAUUCUUUGUUAAUUAUCUAUCUAUCUAUCUAUCUAUCUAUCUAUCUAUCUAUCUCUGUUUCUAUCUAUCUAUCUAUCUAUCUAUCUAUCUAUCUAUCUAUCUAUCUAUCUAUCUAUCUUGGAUCCUACCACAACACUAUCUAUUUUUUCUUUCUUUCUAUCUCUGUCUGUUUUUCUUCCUUUCUUUGUUCAUUAUCUAUCUAUCUAUGUUCAUUAUCUAUCCUGUUCAUUAUCUAUCUAUCUAUCUAUCUAUCUAUCUAUCUAUCUAUCUAGGAAGAUGCUCUCCAUUUCAUAAUAUCUAUUUCUCUUGCUCUUGCUCUUUCUUUCUCUCUCUCUCUCUCUCUCUCUCUCUCUAUCUAUCUAUCUAUCUAUCUAUCUGUCUCUCUCUCUCUGUAUAUCUAUCUAUCUAUCUAUCUCUCACUCUCUUUAUCCUUUCUUUUCCUUAUAUACCCUUCCAUCUUCUUUUUCUUUUUCUUCUUCUUCUUUAUUUUCAUCACCCUAUUAUUAUACUUUGCUCUUUUACCUUUCUUUUCCUUCUCUUUCCCUUCUUCUCUCUUUUCUACUUAUCCUUUCUUUUCCUUAUAUUCUCUUCCAUCUUCUUUUCUUCUUCUUCUUCUUCUUCUUCUUCUUUAUUUUCAUCACCCUAUUAUUAUACUUUGCUCUUUUACCUUUCUUUUCCUUUUCUUUUUCUUCUUCUCUCUUUUCUACUUAUCCUUUCUUUUCCCUAUAUUCCCUUCCAUCUUUUUUUCUUCUUCUUCUUCUUCUUAUUUUCAUCACCCUAUUAUUAUACUUUGCUCUUUUACCUUUCUUUUUCUUCUCUUUUUCUUCUUCUCUCUUUUCUACUUAUCCUUUCUUUUCUUUAUCUUCUCUUAUCUCCUCCCCAUUCCUCUUCAUCUUCUCUUUAUUUUAUCCCUUUUGCCUUUUGCUCUUUUUCUUCUCAUCUUUUCUUUUGUCUUCUUCUUCUCUUCCUUCCCCCACUUCUAAUUCUCCUUCUCUUUAUAUCUUCUCUUCUUUUACUCCACUCUUUUUCUCUCUUUUUCUUCUUCUUAUAUUUUCUUCUUUUUCCUUUUACUUCUGAUCUCUUCUUCUUCUUUUACAUUUUUCUCUUACUCCUUCAAUAUUUUCAUCUUUCUCUUCUUUGUUUUCCAACCCUUUUCUUCCCUUUCCAUCUCUUCUUCAUUUUUUCAUUUUUCUUCUUUCAUCGAUUCUUUAGCAUCUUCUUACACCAUUAA